CCUCCGCGGCGGAUGAGUGACAGGCGGGCGCUGAGGAGCGGCGAGGACGUCGAGCGCCCCCCGCGCGUGCGAGCGACGAGGCGGCCCUGACGGGGCAGCGCGGCCCGCCCGGUUCCCCUUUUCUGGCUUCGCUCCGACGACCCUCCGCGCCCUGCCAAGACCCCCCCCACCCCCACUCAAGACCGCCACCACCACGACUACCACGACGGCGGCGGCGGCGGGGUCCGGGCUCCUCACCCGCCCCCCGAUGACUGCGGCAAACGGCGGAGGCGCCCACGACGACUUCGACUUCAGGCUCAUCUUCGGGGAGGAAGACGGCGACCCGCCGGGGCCUGUCGCCGCCGCCUCCUCCUCCUCCUCGGCGGCAGCAGCAGCAGAUCUCGAACCCGAUGACUGCGCAUCUUUAUGCAUUUUCAGUGUCGACCAUUCAUCAUCUGUAAAUCAUCCCAUCUGUAUCCCGUGUCAUGGAUUUCAAACACACCCUUCUCCUUUGUCUUCGCCUGCUAAAUUGCAGAGCCACAAAAGCUACGAAGGAACCUGUGAAAUACCCGAUUCUAAGUACAGUCCACUUGGUGGGCCUAAGCCUUUUGAAUGUCCUAGUAUUCAAAUUACAUCCAUCUCUCCAAACUGUCAUCAUGGAAUAGAAGCCAGUGAAAAUGAAUUGCACACCAAUGGCCCUCAAAAUGAAUAUAUGGAAAGGCCUUCAAGGGACCACUUGUACCUUCCUCUUGAGCCAUCUUACCGAGAGUCAUCCCUUAGCCCGAGCCCUGCCAGCAGCAUUUCCUCUCGGAGCUGGUUCUCAGAUGCUUCCUCUUGUGAGUCAGUCUCUCAUAUUUACGAUGACGUGGAUUCGGAACUGAAUGAAGCUGCUGCUCGCUUCACCCUCGGGUCACCCUUGGCAUCUCCUGGAGGUUCCCCAAGAGGGUGCCCAGUUGACGAUCCUUGGCAACAAUCGUAUGGAUUCGGGCAUGCCUUGUCACCAAGACAAUCUCCUUGUCAUUCUCCUAGGACUAGUAUCACAGAUGAGAAUUGGCUUAGCCCAAGACCAACCUCCAGGCCCUCCUCAAGGCCUACAUCACCAUGUGGGAAGCGCCGACAUUCUAGUGCUGAAAUCUGUUACCUCGGUUCCCUUUCUCCUCAUCAUUCUCCCUCUCCAUCACCAGGACAUUCUCCUAGGGGGAGCAUCACGGAAGACACAUGGUUGAAUUCUUCCCUCCAUGGUCUCAGUCCCGGCCUUUCAGCUUUCCAGUGUUGCGGAGAUACCGACAUCCCUCUUAAGACAAGGAAGACCUCUGAGGAUCAAACGGCAAUUAUUUCUGGGAAAGCGGAACUUUGUUCUGAAGACCCGGGCAAUUUAUCUCCAUCCCUUGAAACUCCAAUAGAUGAUAGCUCUGUACCCCAGCAUAUGUUAAAAAAAGAUUUGCCUGGUGAACAAUUUCUUUCUGUUCCUUCACAUUUUACCUGGAAUAAACCAAAGCCUGGCCAUACUCCUAUAUUUCGCACAUCUUCAUUGCCGCCUCUAGACUGGCCUUUACCCAUACAAUAUGGGCAGUGUGAACUGAAAAUAGAAGUACAACCAAAAACCCAUCACAGAGCACAUUAUGAAACGGAAGGCAGCAGAGGAGCAGUAAAAGCAUCUACCGGUGGACAUCCUGUGGUCAAGCUCCUAGGUUACAAUGAAAAACCUGUAACUCUUCAGAUGUUUAUUGGGACAGCAGAUGAUCGUUACUUACGGCCACAUGCUUUUUACCAAGUGCACAGAAUCACAGGAAAAACUGUUGCCACGGCAAGUCAAGAAAUAAUCCUUGCCAGCACAAAGGUUUUGGAAAUUCCUCUUUUACCUGAAAACAACAUGACUGCCAGCAUUGACUGUGCAGGUAUUCUGAAACUCCGCAAUUCAGACAUAGAGCUUCGGAAGGGGGAGACGGAUAUUGGAAGAAAAAACACAAGAGUGAGACUUGUAUUUCGUGUCCAUAUCCCACAGCCUAGUGGGAAGGUCUUGUCCCUUCAAGUUGCCUCUAUACCCAUUGAAUGCUCUCAGAGAUCGGCUCAGGAACUUCCUCAGAUAGAGAAAUACAGCAUCAGCAGUUGCUCCGUUAACGGAGGCCAUGAAAUGAUGGUUACAGGCUGUAACUUCCUUCCAGAAUCGAAAAUUUUAUUUCUGGAAAAGGGGCAAGAUGGACGGCCCCAGUGGGAAGUGGAAGGCAAAAUAAUUAGAGAUAGGAGUCAAGAGGCUGCGCUCAUCCUUGAAGUUCCUCCAUAUCACAACAAAGCAAUUACAGUGGCUGUCCAUGUACAGUUCUAUGUUUGCAACGGCAAAAGGAAAAAAAGCCAGGCUCAGCGUUUUACAUAUACUCCAGUUGUAUUGAAACAAGAGAACAGAGAUGAAAUGGAUUUGUCUUCGGUCCCAUCGUUGUCCCUGACUCACUGUAAAGGACUGUCUCCUGUCCAAACCCAGUUGCCUUCACCUGAUCCAGGGCUUUCACACGAUAGUUUACUUCCUCCUUCCUCCAGGAACCUUGUCUGUCCCGUACAGCCGCCCUUCACCCCCAUGGUAUCCUCAACAGUAACUCAGUUGUCACACAUACAAGGUCGAAACCUUAGUCCAGGGGAAGAGCAUCCUGUUCUGUCUUCAGCUGUAGUCCAUCCGUCUUUUCAGGUCACAGCAGCGUCUUCUGUGGGGCCUUCCUACCAGUCUAUGCAACCUAAUGUUAUGUUUAAUGGACAGUCUGGUCUUCCCAUGGAUCCUGCCUCUUCUAGUCAAGGAUAUGAGGCAAUUUCAUUUCAGCAAGACGCACCUGUUCCUCCACUGAUAAACCUCAGCUGCCAGUCUCUGCCACCAAUCCCAUAUCAUUCUUCAAGUUCAUGUUCCGUGUCAACGUCCGUUGCAACAGGAGGACAUACUUCAGCACACCUAGCUCAAUCGAGACACUCCUCGCCUCAUUUGCAAUCCAUGCGAUACCAUUGUCCCGAUCCUCAGCAAAGUCCUGUCUCUUCUGCAGUGACUCAGUCCCUUGGACACCCUUCCACACAGUUGCAGCCAAUGACUUAUUCUUCAAAUCCAGGUAAUUCCUCAUCAUCAUCAUCCCCCAAAUCUUCUCAUUCUUUAGUCCAUUCACCUCGAUCUGGGCCAUCUUCGCCACAGUUGCAACCUAUACCCUACCAUCUUUCUAGCUCGGGAUCUGCCUCAUCUCCUCCUCCAGCCUCUGUCAGUCAGCCUGGGCAACAAUCCCCACAGGAGCAUAGCCCAGGUUUGGGAGGAAUCGCUACAGCUUCAUCUUUGCUGCAUCAUAACAUAUGUGACACAUCUCCAUUUCCAUCAGAAGGGUCAACUGUUAAUAUUAAGCCUGAACCAGAAGAUCAAGAGUUAAAUUUUCAGACAAUGGGAUUGGAAGACAUCACUUUAGAUGAUGUGACGGAAAUCAUUGGAAGAGACAUGCCGCAGAUCUCUGCGUCCCGCGGAACAGGAGCUGCCGUCCUGCGGAAACCUGGAGAGAGCCAGGAAGCCUUGCAUUUUCCCUCCGAAUAAUGUUAUGUCCCUCUUUAGAUCUACUGUGCUUCCGAUUACGUGGCCUUGAUGAUCCUGGACACUGGAUCCCUACAGAGCUGUUUUAGGAGACCGGGAAAGAGAGUGGUAACAGGAAACGGGUUGAGUUCUAGAUUUUUUAGGAUGCUGUAAAGAAAAGGAAAAAAAAUUACUUUAUAAAAAUGGACACCAAGAAGUGACCCAAGAUACUCUAACCUUGAGUAAAAUACCAAUGAGCUUUGCUUGUCAUGCAUUUAACAUAAUUCUUUUAUAUUAAAUGCUUAAUUGUACGGAGAAACGUAGUUCUGCUCUCAAUAUGCACAGUUACUGAAUGUGGGUAAUUUUUUUUUUAAAAAAACACCAUCUUUAUAUGCUGCUUUUCUUUAGGAGAGAUAACUAAGAUUGUAAUAAAAAUUUGUAUACCUUUUGGACGGUCUUUUUGAAGAGCCUUUAAGCAUAUGUGGUUUAAAACAGUUUUUUAAAAUAAUAAUAAUAAUAAUAUAAUAAUACUCUCCUUCAAAGGCACAGAAGUACCUAUCAUCUGAAGCCAAUGCCUUUGGAAAUCUUCUUAUGUAUGAAUAAUGAUUACCAUUUUCUUUGGAGCUUUAGGAAGCAAAGCCAAAUAUAGAUCUGUGUUCUCGAGACACUGAAAAGUUUUGGUAGGCUGCAAAGAUACCAUUCCAUCAUGGAAAGAUUGGGAUAGAAACGACAUUCCAAAACCUGACUUUUAUACCUUCGUACCUUUGCUAGCACAGACCUGUUCUAAAUGGAAGCACUUGCUCAAAAUGAUUUAUAGAUGUGCUCAUUUUUAACGAAGCCGUUGUACAAUUUUUUGGGGGGGCUACGUCAAAAGGCUGUGUUCCAUAUGGAGUCCUUUUGAUCUGAUUUGUUCAAACUGUAAAACUGCUGUUCUUGAGAUUCCUCAGGUAGAGAACUUCACACAGUCUAUUCUUUUUUUUCCCCCCUGUUAGAUGUGUCUGAAAAUGUAUGUUGGCAUUUAUAUGGGCUUCUUAAAACCUUUUCUUAAUGGUUUAGCGAUCCUACAGUUUUUUCAUCCUCUUAAGAAAUUAACUUGUAUAACCAAAGGAACGUAGCUAGGCACUGUUACUGUACGUGGGGUACUUCACAGUGCUGACCUAGGCAGCUCACUGAACAGGGACACACCUCUGCAUGGUGAUCGCUGAGGGUGAAGCUGCCUGUGACCACCUAUGCAUGUUAGGUUAAUAUUUCCCACCAUGGUGUGAUUUUGGGGUCAGUGGGUGGGCUCUAUCUCUGAUUCGAAACAGGAGAGAUACAAAACCCAACCAUGGCAGAUGAGAAUUUCUACUAAAUGAGAGUUCAUUCUUCUGUAAAAUAGAAAUCAAGAUGUUUCGAGUUUAGAUAAGCAAAUGGAUCAGGAAGCUGCAAAAUGAAAAGAUAAUUUACAAGGAGCAUUUGAGAACCAUCAGGGUUAAUAGCAAUAGCAAUAGCACUUAGACUUGUAUACCGCUUUACAGUGCUUUAUAGCCCUCUCUAAGCGGUUUACAGAGUCAGCCUCUUGCCCCCAACCAUCUGGGUCCUCAUUUAACCCACCUCGUAAGGAUGGAAGGCUAAGUCAACCUUGAGCCUGGUGAGGUUCAAACUGCCAAAUUGCAGUCAGCCGGCAGUCAGCAGAAGUAGCCUGCAGGACUGCACUGUAAUCACUGUGCCACUGUGGCUCUUAGUUGGUUAAGAUAGUUGGCGUACUGUUUUCUGUCACUGUUUAGCUAAUUUUUAUAGCUACCUAAGUCUUAACCGAUAGGAACAAGAACAAGAUAGGCUUUGUAGCGUCAUGCUACUGGCAACAGGCUGAUAGAGGGUGAAGUAUCUUUCUUCAUCUUGGCUUUUUAGCAGUCUAAACCACAAUUUAGUUAUUAAGAGGGCUGCUUCACUGUAAUUAUCUGCAGGCUACAUUUCCUGCUUAGUCUACAACUAACCCUACUAUCUCAGGAUGAAGUAAAACAAAGGAGAUUCAGAUGUGUUUGCACAGUUCAGAAGACAGCUGCCUAAAAUAAUUUAAAGCACUAAAAUCAUUCGUAUUCAAGGGUUCCUGGAACCGUUUAUCCUGUGUUUUUUGAUCGCACAGUUACGACUCUUCAAAAUACAAAAGCGAUGCCAUUAGAGGAGAAUAUGAGUAGCUCAGGGUUGAACUGGGGGGGUCCUUGAUGCUCUCUCAGCUUGUUUGUUUUGUUGCAGCCAUUUCAUUACCAAACAAGGUAACAUCAUCAUGCACUGAUAAUAUUUUCUAGUUUGGUCGUGAAACGUCUGCGAGAAAACAAACAAGCUCAGAGAGACCCAAGGACCCCACAAAGAUGAAACGAAUGUUUUUUAAAAACAAGAUUAUCACUUUUUAAGAUGGCAAGGAAGAUUUCUUCAUCCUAGUUGUUGUCUUCAGUCUUGGAUCAAGUGGACAUGUCAUCUGGGUGACUCCUAAACUGAGGCAGCAUCCUCUUCCUUUUCUUGCUCAUCCCUCCCAUCGUGGUGGAUUUCUUUAUCUUCAAUUCAGAGAUCCUAUACAAUCCAAAAUGACAAUCCUUUCGAUUGUCCCACCUACAGUGAUCAAAAUGGCCACGUGUGAGCUUUCUAAACCAAACAAUUGGCACCUCAAAUGUGACGGUUUCUUUGGAAGCAAACCUGUCUUCUGUUCAACAGAUGCAACUCGUCGUAUGCAGAGUAAAGUAGGGCAAGUUACACAUUGGAGUACUUCAUUCCUUUUUCAGCAGUCCUUCUCUGUGCUUGUCACCGGGGUCUCUUGGACAGGUUUCAACCCUUAAAAUGUGUCAGGCCUCCAACUGUUGGCCAGGUGAGGAAACAGACUUCCAAAGAACUCUCCUUUGUUGUUGGAAGGGGUAUCAUAAUGGUCUUGAAAGCCUGGCGGAGCUUCCCCUCUUAUCCCCAGAGAAUCAGGGUGGAAUUAUUUUGAGUUUCUUUCCCAACCCCUCUUCCUUCCCAGUGUUAAGUUGAGAUUCACUUAACGAUUCUUGCAUUCCUUUGUUCAAGCCUAUCUCCGUUUUCUCAGACAGAGUGGGUCAGAUGUGAAGAUUGACAGGUGUGACGUUUCAGAGUUUUCUUGUGCUCUGAGAUGAGUGAUGGUAUCCCCUCUUCUCCCUUAAAAGUUCUCCCGGCUAGUGUGAAUUUGUAUUUGUAUCUAACAUGUGGGCACCCAAACAGUCCCGAGUUACUAUGCACUAAGUGAGCAAUCCACCAAGCACUGCAGUGUGAGCACCUCCCCCCCCCCCUUGGCGAGAUUAACCUCUUGCCGAUGCUGAAGGAGAUGGGAGUAGUGGAUUGUCUUCAACCUUCUGUUGCCUUGAAAUACCUGAUGCCUGUAGACAUAGAAACGCUUUCCUAUUUAAAGCAAAACUUAUAGAAGUUGAGUACUAUAACGGUGGGUUGUUGUUGUUUUUUUUGCCUUGUAAAAGCUUCAAUACAAGGGUCUUAAUAUAUAUAAAUAUAUAUAUAUACUUUUGGCUUGUGUGAUGCUUUAGGUAAGACUGUUAAUUUUGUGUAAUGUAAUAGAGAUAAAAGCACAUGAUCUCCGUUAGACUAUGCAAUUUACAAUUUUCUGCCUGCGACUGGCAUCUGUGUUGCUGGCCUCUCCAAAUUUACAAUUGCUUUCUAUGCUGGCACCCAGGUUUUUUUAAAAAAAUGUUAUGGAAAGCGUUCAAACGGUAGCUUUCAUAACGAAAGAGUGAAGGCUUUUGUAACCCAAAGGAGGCGAUAUAUAUAUGUGUGUGUGUAUAUAUAUAUGUAUGUGUGUGUGUGUGUUAUACACACACACGCAUACACACACUGCCCGUUUUGAAAGUCAGUUUAACCAAAGUUUGACCACAAUUUGGCGCUCCUUCUAAUAAAUGCUUCAUUAGAAAAUGGAAUUGCCAUCCAUUGUAAACCAAAGAAUAAAAGAGAAAACAAUUGCUCGGAUGCAAACAAAUCUUGGGGGGAGAAAAAAAAACUCUAUUUUUGAUACAUAGAAUGAAUGUCAUUCCUUGAGGUUUGAAGAUUGUUCAAAUUGAAAUUUUCUAUUUAACAGUUUGGGACAAUAAUGAUUUAAGACUAAAAGUUACAUUCUAGAUGUUUACAGAGCCUUGUAUUGUAAUUUCAUGUACAUUUGUGUAUUAAACCUUUUGUAAGUUAUGAUUGCAGUGCUACAUGCAGAAGUACAAAGGGAAAAAGCAUUAUAGGCUCUUGAAUCAUAGUGUUGAAAUAAAAAAGAAAAUGCAUAUUA